AUGGAACCAGAUAAUAACACACUGAUAGCAGAAUUUCUUAUCCUGGGUCUCUCGGAUGAGGCUAAACUGCAAUCGGUUCUCCUUGGACUGUUCCUGUCCAUGUACCUGGUCACAGUGCUUGGAAACUCGCUCAUCAUCCUGGCCGUCAGCUCGGACUCACAUCUCCAUAAUCCCAUGUAUUUCUUCCUCUCCAAUCUGUCUUUUGUUGACAUCUGUUUCAUCUCAACCACAAUACCAAAGGUGCUGGUUAACAUGCACUCACAGAAAAAAGACAUCUCCUACAUAGAAUGUCUUACACAGGUAUAUUUUUUUAAUACUUUUGCUGGAAUGGAAAAUUUUUUACUCACUUUAAUGGCCUAUGAUCGCUAUUUAGCCAUUUGUCACCCUCUCACCUACACUAUUAUCAUGAAUCCUCAGUUAUGUGCUCUUCUGGUUCUGAUGCUUUGGGUCUUCAUGUUAUGGCUCUCCCUGAUUCAUGUUUUAUUGAUGAUCAAACUGAACUUCCCAAGAGGUACUGAAAUACCACAUUUUUUCUGUGAACUAGAUCAAGUUCUCAAAGUAUCCAACUCUGACACUCACAUCAAUAAUAUAUUUGUGUAUGUGACAACUUCCCUACUAAGUGUGAUUCCUAUGACUGGAAUCCUUAUAUCUUACUCACAGAUUGUCUCAUCCUUAUUAAGGAUGUCUUCUACUCUCAAUAAGUACAAAGCCUUUUCUACUUGUGGGUCUCACCUCUGUGUGGUCUCUUUGUUCUAUGGGUCAGGACUCGGAGUUUACUUCAGCUCUUCUGUGGAACAUUCUACCAAGAGAAGAAUGGUUGCUUCAUUGAUGUAUGCUGUGAUUAGCCCCAUGCUGAACCCUUUCAUCUAUAGCUUGAGAAACAAGGAUGUAAAAGGUGCCCUUGGAAAACUUUUAACAUAA